CAACGAUUUCUAAGAUAAUAUUUGGAUCAAUCCUUCGCAUGCCAUGGGCUGAGCAAGCUUCACUGUUAUGUAAAUGCACCCGCAUUAGACACUCAUCGCAGAAGAGACCGAACCAGAGGAAAAGAGAAGCGGGGGGGUAUUCAAACACGCUACUCCAGAAGAUCAUAAAUCCGGAUCGAUGCUUUACUUGCCCUCCACCCGAAAAUGCGAUAAGAAUUUCCUUCCAACCUGUCAACCCAUAUACCUUAAGACCGUAAUCGUCGUAAACGCCCCGAGAACAGAAGUGGAUUUAGAAGAUACAAAGGUCCGAAACUGACUAGCUCAGGUCAAACCCAGCACCCGAAAAGACGCUGUACAGCAGUUUCUCCUUCAGCACAUCGGGGGUGCUGUACAUGGGCAGCUUGAGCAGAUUGACACAGGUACUCGUGCUCGGCAGCCUUUCCUGAUUACUACCAGCGUCGCGUAUGCUGAACCUCGGAUUCAACGUUCCAAAUCCUAAUAGUGGUGCGCGGGGCGUGCUCGUCACAAACUUUAGCACUGCACGUCGCUCCCCGUCGCUCAACUCCUUCAUUGUCUGCCAGAAGAUGCGAACCGUCGGAUGCUCGAGCCCAUCAUCGCCGAUAACGUAAGUGCCGCCGUAAAUGGUGUUGCGGCGCAGGUCCUCAAUGUCGAUGGAAGUCGAGGUACCGCCGAUGAGAGUUUGCAGCUCGGCCUGGUUGAACAUGGAAAGCCAGCUAGGUUGGAUCAUGCUACUCAAGCCCCGGAGAAAAGCGGUGGUCUGGAGAUAGGGCUGAACCUGCAAGCGGUGUCGCGCCAUGUAGCUGAUGUAGACUAGGCGAUUCUGGUUCGUGACUGGCGUAUUAGCACCGUCGGCUUUGAGAUCUCUGGUGGCGGUUUUUGUCUUUUUCGUUGUCGGGUCCACGGUGAUAGUGUCGGUGACUGUGAAGUUCAGUGAGAAAUCCUCCACGUCACCAGGGUAAGUUUUCAGCUUAUGGAGACCCUGGUAUAGCCCUUCAUCAAGGUCACGCAGGUCGUUGAGCGACGGGCGGUAUCCCGAUUCGUUAGGCGCGGAACCAGCACCGCCGGUAAGAGCCCAUUUUCGGAGGAAAAAGGGGGCAAAGUUGACAUCCACGAGUAUGCCCUCGUACAUACAUUUGCCAAUGAU